AUGUGGGCGGGGCAGUCGAGUGCACGAGAGGAGACAGAAGAGUGCUUGUUGCCAGUCGUGGCGCGUACUGUGUCGGCUGUGAUUAUUUAUGAAAUAAUAAAAAAAACUGUCCUUUUCAUUAACAUGGGAAUGUGGGCAGUAAAACAACAUGUUCUAGCUGAUGAAAUUAUCACACGUGUCUUUUUCUUGCAACUCUACCCAUCAGCUGUAGAAAUAUUAAAACAAUUUACAGAAGAUGACAAUUUACUGAAUUUGAAAAGAGCAUCCGAAAUUUGA